UUUGCACGCAUUAAAUUUACACUUUUACUCAGAAUUAUUAUCUCCUCCGUAGUGUUCGGCAUUCUUUCAUUUAUCAUUUUUGGGUUAUUUGAAAAUUUCUCCCCCAGCUGUAUCUCUCAAAUUGCAGUCUCUUUCAAAUGAGUGAUUUUUUUCUGUGAUUUUAUAAAUAAUUUGCUUAAAAUAGAUUUGUAAUUAUUUUUUAAAUAUUUUACAAACAAAAAUUUAAAAUGUUUCAAAAUCCCCUUUUCAACCCGAAUUCAACGACACAAACAAUUCAAACUUCAACACAACUUCAAUGUCUAUCAACAAUUCCUAAUUCUUAUUUGUUUGAUAAUUUGAGAUUAAAUAAUGAACAGUUAAAUAAUUUUAAAUUUAAUUAUUCUCAACAGAAUAAUGAACAACAACAAGAUUUUUGUGUUGUUUGUAAUGAUAAAGCUAUUGGAAAACAUUAUGGUGCCGUUUCAUGUAAUGGUUGUAAAGGAUUUUUUCGAAGAACUGUUUGGCAAAAUUUACAAUAUUCUUGCCGAUUCUCAAAUAAUUGUAAAGUAGACAAAACUCGCCGUAAUGCUUGCAGAGCAUGCCGAUUCAAAAAAUGCCUGAUUGAAGGAAUGAGGAUUGAAGCAAUACAAAACGAACGUGAUCGUAUUGGAUCUACUCAUCGUGGAGCCAAAAAUUCGGUUUCAGAUAAUGGGUCAAAAUUAAACGAUUUACGUUCACGUUCAUAUACUUGUAUGCCACAAUAUCAUCCUACUUCAGCAUCAUUUAACUUAUUUAAUACCAACACAAUUAUAACUAAACCUCCUUUACAAUAUAACAAUUUUUCUUUGUUAAUAGAAGAGAAAUUAAAUGGGAAAAAUUUAUUAGAUGAAUUGAUACAAAUAGAUUUAAAUGUUCAAUUACAAAAUAAUGAAGAUUCUAAAUUGCAAGCUUUGGAAUAUAUUGUACUCUGGGUAUAUUCAUUUAGUCCAAUUGCUCAAUUACCUUUUAAUGAGAAGUCUUUACUUAUUCAACGUUGUUUUAACCUAUUUAUUCUAAUUUUAUGUUUACAACGCUCAAUUAAAUCCUCACCUCUAAUUAUUCUUCCAAACAAUUCUUUUUUCUUGCCAUCUAAUCUAGAAGAAGAAAAUAUAGAAAUUGCUACACAAAUACAAUUACAAAUUGAAGUCGAAUUACUUCAACCUUUAUUGAGAAUAAACAUUAAACAAUCAGAAUUUGCCUUUUUAAAAGCGCUUUUAUUACUCCAACCUGAUAUUGUUGGAAUUUCUGAAAAUUCAAAAAAUAUUAUAUCUCAGGCUCGAGAAAAUUUAAUUAAUGCAAUAAUUUCAUAUGAUAAUUGUAAUAAUACAAGAUUAGCUCAACUUUUGUUGUUUUUGCCUUCACUUUUUGUUGUUUGUGAAAAAAUUACAUCAAUCCCAACGUUGUCUGAAAUUUUUGGUUUAAAUUUGUGUUCUAAAUUUAUCGGUGAAUUUUCCUCAAUGAAUGAUCAAACAAAUAACACAGCUGGAAUAAAAUUAAAUAACGGUUUUGUUGAAAAUAAUGAAGGAAAUAAAAAUAUUGUAUAG